AUGCCCGUCAUGCUCAAAUCCACACCGGGAGCUUCCAUCCAUCCCAAAUUCAAAGACUUCCUCCUCACGGACAUCCAGUACAAGACGGUCCACGGCAUCCCCAUCCCGGCCACCAUCCUCCUGCCCACGCACAUCGCCCACAAACCGGGCAGAUACCCCGUGGCGAUCCGCUGGCAUGGCGGCGGCUUUGGGACGGGCCACCGACUCUACGGGGACUGGUAUGCGUCUUUCAUCCUGGAGCUGUACAAGAAACACAACGCCAUCGGCAUCACGGUCGACUAUCGCCUCGCGCCCGAGGCCAACGGGAUGGAGAUUCUGCAGGACCUCAAGGAUUUCUAUACCUGGCUCUUCGCGCCGGCUUCCAAUUUGGCGGCCGCGCUCCCGGAGGGCGUUGAACCCGAUCUCACGUCCGUCCUGGUGAGCGGGGAGAGCGCCGGGGGCUGGCUGGCGAUACAGUCGGCGCUCACGCAGCCCGCGGGCAGGUUCGCGGCGGUGAUAGCGCAGUACGCCAUGAUCGACCUGCGCGACGGGCACUACACGCAGCACUACCACAAGCAGAUCUUCGGGUGCCCGCAGUACGACGCGGCGGAAUUCCACGCGUACGUGGCGAGUCUCAAGGGCGACGAGGUCGUCAGUAGUCGCAGCCUGCCCUCCGACGAGGCGGCGCAGCAGCGCACCAUCACCAUGUUCCAGCAAGGGCUGUAUGCGCGCUUCUUCGGGCGCGAGAGGGAACUCUAUCCGUUGGAGAUGCUGGAUGGGGUUGCCUACGAGACGCCGAUCUGGGUUCUGCAUGGGGAGAGGGAUAGUGCGGUGCCGAUUGAGGGGUCGAAGAAGUUGGUGGAGAAGCUGAAGGGGGGCAAGGCGAGUGUGCAUACGUCGUUUGUGGAGGGGGAAGAGCAUGGGUUUGACCUGCUCGGGGCGAAUGGGCAGCAGGCGGGAUUGGAGACGACGACGUGGGUGAAGGAGGGCGUGGAAUUCAUCGAGAGGUUCUGGCCGAAGCGGCAAUGA